AUGGCUGCGCGUUUCAGGAAGUAUGAAUGCUCCCAACCGUUGAUGUCAACAUCUCUGCUGCUGCUGGAGGCAAAGGCGUUGGAGGUUGAACAGUUCAGGUUCGAGGUUCGAUGUUUAGUUCGUUUAAUUAGUGAAGGCUUGUCGACCAUGCGGCACCUGAUUAGGUGUAGCGUCCGUCCCAGCCGCGGAGUUCCAAAAAGUUGCCCUGGAGUCAAAACCGCUGAACCGCCUACCGGUUUUCCCGAGCUUCUGUAUACCCAGCGUCGUCUCUGCCCCCCAAUUGACCAUUCCCCACGGGCUUUUCCUUCUCUCUCCUCUGCCUGUGUUUGGGAGCAAGUGAGGCAGGCUGAAGGGCAGUCUCCUUGCUCAAAAAUCAACUUGCGUCGUUCCUUACAAUACAUCGAGCUGGUUGCGAAGUACGACCGACCACAUCUCAACUCGUGA